AUGCAGGUGUUUGCUACGUUGCCCCGGGAGAAAAGGAAGCAGGUUAGCCCUCAGAAGGGGCAACAGAGAAAACGAAGCACAUUUCUAACGUGUUUUUUCCUCCCUAGAUUCUCUAGGGCAGCUCUGUGGAUUGGGACCACCUCCUUCAUGAUUCUGGUUCUUCCUGUCGUAUUUGAAACUGAAAAGCUGCAGAUGGAGCAACAGCAGCAGCUGCAGCAACGACAGAUUCUCUUAGGGCCUAACACAGGGUUGUCUGGGGGAAUGCCAGGGGCCCUGCCUCCAUUUUCUGGAAAAAUCUAAUUUGCAGAAGCUGCACUGGAUUCAUAUCAUGUGGGAAGACCUUGAGAUUAUGAUAUAUUGAACUGUUGAUUUGUUGGGCCAGGGCAUUUUUUGUUUGUUUUUAUUUUUGGUUGUACUUUGGGACAUUAUGAAUAUGUCAAUAUAGAGGGAAGUCCCCUCUCUGGACCUGAUGAUGGCUCCUGUCUGCAUUCUUCCCCUGUAGAAGUUAUGAGUCUUUUCUUUUAUUUGAUCAGUAUGCCAUAACCAGUUAAAAAGACUCAAGAUCAGGGAGUUCCUCUUCUGGACUCCUUGUCACCCAGAAAACCAUCCUGGGGCACAAGUCAGACUUCAAAAGUCAGCAAUCAAAAAAAAAGAAAAACCCCAUCCACCUUCCUGGGGCUAACCCAAAGCCUUAGGACAUCAGUGAUAGAAUGAGGAGUGAAUUUCCCAGCAGAUGAAGCAAAGGAGGAGGAAGGGUUGCAGGUAUCUGUGCCCUGCGGAGAAAAUUCUCUGGGAAGACUUGUGUGCAAACACUUUCACUGCAGUUUUGUGUGUGAGUACCAACGGAGCAGCAGACCAGCUUAAAGAAGAUCACAUCUACGCUGAUCCUCUUUGCAUCAUAAAGUAGAACUUAUUGGCUGCCUUUUUUUUGUAUUAAAUAUUAAAUAAAUUGAA